GUACCUUUGAUCGAGUUCACCCAAGCCUCGAGCAUUGCGCUUCCAGUCUUUAACUCUACUUCACAUUGUUUAUGCUCUGGCUCCUUUACUUAUGCGGUGCCGUGUUGGACACUCUCGCAGCGUGGCUUACAUCUACUUACGCCUGCUCCACCCACCUGUAUUUUCAGCUACAGCUUUCAUAGCUCCCGCUCUGUAGCAGACUGCCUCUCCUGCCUGCCGUCACCCACCUCACCCACCUCCUCCCCCUCUUCUCCUUCUGCUCCCCCUCUUUCCCUUCUCUUUCCUUCCCUUCCCUUCCUCGUCUCUUCUUGAGCUCUCCUUCGUUUCCUUCCUGCCUUGGUAGCUCAGCCAAGACAUGUUCCGGAAUUUCAAGAAGAGGGCGAGCACCGUAUUCCGCAAGAAGAAGGCGCCAGCCACACCUGCAGACCCGCCUCCCGACUACGACUCAACCAUUACUACUGACACAUCUACAACAAACACCAACACCAACACCUACACCAACACAAGAUAUCACACUAUCGCCCCUCCUGCUCCGCCGCCUCCUCCUACGGCUCCAUUGACCCAACGCCGACCAUCACCCCCAAUCGAAGUACCGCCUACCAGAGACGCAAAUCCUCGGAAUUCUGACACCUGUAACACAACGGUCGUUCCUGACCUUGACUCUUCGCCACCUAGUAACAACAUGCUGGCUAACGGGGGGUUUUACGGGCGCAUCAACCCGAACAUCAUGGCCGGCUUCGGUGACGACGAUGAUUCCAUCUGGCUGGUCGACGACGAGGAAACGGACGAGGAGCAGCGACGCGAGAAUGAUGACGAAGACGAGGCAUCACCGGAGCCUCUGGCAGAGACUCAGUCUCAGGGCAACUCUGACACGCGCUCUGAGACUCGGUCUCACCGGUCACGGAGGUCACAACGAUCUCAAAGAUCUCAAAGAUCAUCCAGCGAAGAGGUGUCUAUCACUCUUGCUCCUUCACUUAGCACCCAGGAACAAGCGCCAUCGGCUCCCUCUCCAGAAUCGGCACCACCAGCCUUUCGCUACAAUGUCCCGGCGCUCCUGGAUGACGAUGAGUUCGCCUCUUUUAGCACCACCACACCCGAUACACCACCCCCAGAGCCAGCGCCCGUGCGCCGACGUGGAUAUGCUCCCAUCUCAGCAUCCAUCCUAAAUCUCACGAACAUGGAUGUAGACGAUUUGGAGGAACCCCCCAAGGCGACCCCAAAGCCGCGGGACGUGGCCAUUCAGCACAACACCACGCCCCCUGCCUCUUCAUCGAGCUCUAUUAACCCCUUUGGCCAACGAUAUCAAAGGGCCGUCGAUACUCCAGAUGUCAUCGUGACACGUCAGCGGGUGCCCGCCACUACCGUGGUAGGAGACUUAGAGUGUGUAGUCUGCACUGAGACCAAGGGCGUGGGAUUCUUCCCUCGCUUCUCGAUAACUGCCUCAUGCACUCAUUCACCGACUACAUGCCUUGAAUGUAUUCAGCUGUCUAUUGAGUCAGAUAUGAGUAGCAAACUCUGGACCGAAAUUAGAUGUCCUGAGUGUCGCGAGUUACUAGAGUAUGCUGAUAUCCAGCGCUUUGCCAACAAGCAGACUUUCGUGAGGUACGAGACAUUGGCCCUCCGUGCAGCCAUGUCAGAAGCCGAUAACUUCGUCUGGUGUACCUCUGUCUGCGGCUCUGGGCAGAUCCACGAAUCGGGUGAAGAUCAACCCAUCGUCACUUGCUUACACUGCGGCCAUCGUUCUUGCUUUCACCACAACGCUCCCUGGCACGAGAAUCUCUCAUGUGAAGAAUACGACCAAUUGCUCGCUGACCCUGAAAACUUCCGCUCUCGGCUCGAGCUAGAGAAUGAGGCCUGGUCAGAGUCUCAGCGAGCUCAAUUCGAGGCCGACAGAGCCAUGGCCCAGAACAUGCUAGCUGAUGAGCAGGCCGAGAUGCGUCGCCGAGAGGAUAGAGCCCGGCAAGAGAGGGAACAGGCUAGAAAAGCUGCCGAGUUGGUUCGCAAGAUCGCGGCCAGGCGGAAGAGGGAAGAGCAACAGAGUGAAGCUACCGUUAGCUCAACGACGAAGCCGUGUCCUGGAUGCGGAUGGGCAAUUGAGAAAAACGACGGCUGUUCACACAUGACUUGCCCUGCUUGCAAGUACCAAUUUUGUUAUGAAUGCGGUGCAAACCACCGAGAAAUUAUAGCAGGCGACAAUACCGCACACAAGGAGACUUGCAAGUUCCACCCAGAUAAUAUGGAGGAGGAGUGGAGCUAAAUGGGCAACGAUGACGACAAUGACUCUUCUUUGUUACGAUAUGGUGUUGGGGUGAUACUGAACUUUAUGGCCUUGUACAAUUGUUCCAUUUUCUUGUUUUUGGAUACCCUUCGGAUUGGGGUGGUGUUGAUAGAUGUCAGUGGAUGUUC